AUGAUUUAAUUCAGAAUACAGUUUAACAUGUGAGAUAAGUGCUUUUCGUAUUAGUGUUUUAACUAAAAUAAGAAGUGUAUACGUUUAUUUUGUAAUUGAGUAUUACAAAACGCUACGUCAGUGCAUUAAUUUUAUUUGUAACUCAGAUAUAGGUUUGUGAAUAAAAAUGGACGCCGAACAAUUCUCAUUAAAAUGGAAUAAUUUUCAUUCUAACCUGACUAGUGGAUUUCAUGCCCUUUUACGUGGAGAAGAUUUAGUUGAUGUAACAUUUGCUGUGGAAGGAAAAUUUCUACAAGCACAUAAAUUAGUUUUGUCAGUAUGCAGUCCUUAUUUCAAACAAAUGUUCAAGAUUCAUCCUGAUAAGCAUCCUAUAAUAAUACUAAAAGGGGUAGCUUAUAGUGAUAUGUCCGAUAUUUUAUUGUUCAUGUACCAAGGGGAAGUUAACGUACGACAAGAAAAUUUAGCAAAUUUUCUAAAAACUGCAGAGUUAUUGCAAAUUAAGGGUCUCACAGAAGAUGAAUCGUCGAAUGAUAAUCCAAAACCAGAUGCAACAAAUGAAAAAGACAAUACAUCAGAAUCAUUAACACAAUACAUGUAUCAAGAUAAACAAAAAAAUGACACUUCAACUAUAAAUAGUUCAUCAAAUUUACAAAAUGAUGCACCAAGAGACCGUGGU